GACAGCGCUGACAAGAUGGCGGCGAGCUGGAAAGUGAAGUGAGGAUGUCAACAUUUGUGAUUUGACUCGAAACGCGCGGUGUUUUCCCCUCUCGGUGCCGUCGGGGUGGUCGCGGUGUAGCUCGCAGGCUGCGCGGGCGCCGAACACAGCGCGGUCCGGCCGUUCAAGCGCGCUGCGGCGAUGUUCUGGGGCCAGCUAAGCUAAACCGCAUACGCGCCCGAAGAAAAGCUUCCCGGAACCGUUAGACGAGCGUCUCGGCGGCUCCUGGAGUUUCUUUACACGCGGUGUUUUUGUCCAAGGAUCGAGCCGUUUCUUUCCUUCUCGGUGUCUGACUGUGAUGUCGUUGUUUUAGAGUAAAACAAGCGGCUAACGAGUCUCGGGUGGCUGCGUGAAAGCUAGCGAGGCUCGGCCGGCAGCUCCCCGAGGAGGGGAGGGGUGUGUGCGGUAGCGGGGUCGCUCUGAAUCCCGGUGGACCUGCCGCGUCUCUCUGUGGAUGCUGUUUACGUCGUUUGUGCCCCUUUUAAGGAGCGAGAGUGUUUCAGCCCCCCUGCUUGAGAGUGCUGUACCCGUGUGGAGACCGUUGUUAGUGACUUACUGGCCAGUUCUGGGGGUAGAAGUGCCGAAGUGUCGCCAUGGCUCACUCUCCGGUCCAGGGCGGGCUGCCGGGGAUGCAGAAUUUGAAAGCAGAUCCUGAACAGUUGUUCACGAAGCUAGAGCGCAUCGGCAAGGGCUCGUUCGGCGAGGUCUUCAAAGGCAUCGACAAUCGCACACAAAAGGUGGUGGCCAUCAAGAUUAUUGACCUGGAGGAGGCGGAGGACGAGAUCGAGGACAUUCAGCAGGAGAUCACUGUCUUAAGCCAGUGCGACAGUCCCUUCAUCACCAAGUAUUACGGAUCCUACCUGAAAGGCACAAAGCUAUGGAUCAUUAUGGAGUAUCUGGGUGGAGGAUCUGCUCUGGAUUUGAUGGAGCCUGGUGCUCUGGAUGAGACGCAGAUCGCCACUAUCCUCCGGGAGAUCCUGAAGGGCCUGGAAUACCUGCACUCUGAGAAGAAAAUCCACAGAGACAUCAAAGCGGCCAAUGUGCUGCUGUCUGAGCAGGGUGAGGUCAAACUUGCCGACUUCGGCGUGGCUGGCCAGCUGACGGACACGCAAAUCAAGCGCAACACAUUCGUGGGCACGCCGUUCUGGAUGGCACCUGAGGUCAUCAAACAGUCAGCCUACGAUUCAAAGGCUGAUAUCUGGUCUUUAGGCAUCACAGCGAUUGAGCUGGCCAAAGGGGAGCCCCCCCACUCAGACCUGCACCCCAUGAAGGUGCUUUUCCUCAUUCCAAAGAACAACCCACCCACGCUGGAGGGCAACUACAGCAAACCACUCAAAGAGUUUGUGGACGCCUGCUUGAACAAGGAGCCCAGUUUUAGACCCACAGCCAAAGAGUUGCUGAAGCACAAGCUGAUCGUGCGCCAUGCUAAGAAGACAUCCUACCUGACCGAGCUCAUAGACAGAUACAAGCAGUGGAAGACUGAGCAGUCCCGAGAAGAAUCCAGCUCAGACGAGUCUGACUCGGAGCCGGACGGUCAGGCUUCUGGGGGGAACGAUUUUGGCAAUGACGAAUGGAUUUUCACCAUUCGUGAGAAAGACCCCAAAAAGCUACAAAACGGAGCCAGUCUUGCAGGAGAGCAGGACACUCCUAAGAGGCCAUUGUCGCAGAGCCUGUCCACUAUCAUCACUCCUGUCUUAACGGAGCUGAAGGAGAGGGGUGGUGACGCCGGCGUGAAGCCUGAUGUGUUGGAUGAGUUGGGAGAGGCUAUUUUCCUCGCUGAGGAGGCAUAUCCAGGGAUCUCUGACGUCAUGGUGACUCAGCUCAUACAGAGACUCCAACGGUUCUCUAGGUCAGUGAGCUCUUCCUCUUCCCAUCCGUGAUUGGUCCACUGGAUAUGUCUAUCACACUGCAGCCCCUCCCCCCAGGCAUCAGCUCAGCGAAUCCCAACACCAGCAGCCUCUGUGACGUCUCCCCUGGAGGACCACCUCGUCCUUCAAUCGCUUCAACAGAAGUUCUCAAGCUCCUCUCAAGCUUCCUCUGUUUUUCCUUUCUUUUUUUUUUUUUAAAACAAACGAGAGAGAGAGAGAGAGAGAGAGAAAGAGAGAGAGAGAAAGAGAGAGAGAGAAAGAACGAG